AUGGGGAAGCUCGGUAAAUUAAAAAGGGUUCUUCUUUUGCUCCCUUUUGUCCACAUCAUCCUUGCGCAAAAUAAUGACACACAGGUGGGAGUCGCCUCUAGAGAGAAGGUGCGUUCCUCUGGGUUGCUAAGUAUUGGAAAGUUCCACGGUGGAGACCAGGGGAGUUACGAUGGAAGGUGCAUCAGCCUCAAUGGUGAUUCAUAUGUGUUAGGGCGAGACCCCUUCGGAGGCAUAAGCAACGGCAAGUAUUAUCCCCGAGGGGUGCACUACGGUGGGAGGAACCGUUCCAAUGAAAACCACUCCCUUUUUCGUCUCCUAAAAAAUGAAGACAGGGGGAACGACGUGGAUAUAUAUUACAUGGAAAAAUUCCCACAUAGGGAAUAUUCUAAUGGAAGAAAGUACAUUAGAAAUGGUGCAAUAAAAAUGGUAACAUACCACCUGAAUGGUCAGGCAAAAAAUUUGAACAAGGAUCUAGUAAUAAUUCCGCAUGAACUGUUCGGAGUGUCCACUCUGGAGAAGUUCAGUACGAAGAGGGUGGCUAGACAUUUGGCAGAGGAGGACGAUGAUGAUGAUGAUGGGGACGAUGACGAUGAUGACGAUGAUGACGACGACGACGAUGAUGAUGAUGAUGAUGACGAAGAGGAGGAAGAGGAUAAUGAUGGUGAGAGCAUCUCGUAUGGGGACAUGGAUCAGGAUGAGGAACAGGAUGAGAAUUACCAGAUGAAAGGAAUGGAUUUAGAAGAAGAUGAGGAUGAUGUACUAGAUAGCGAUGUUUUUCUUCCGUUGGUCGAUUCAGAUGCUUCGGAUGGAACCUUUGACGCAGUGGACGACGAUUUCCAGACGACAAUAAAAAAGGAUGGAGAAGAGUUAGAACAAAGUGAUUCUACAGUCGAAAUAUUUGCUUCUAGCAACACGAAUAAAGAAUACGUUUGCGAUUUUGAAAAAGGAAAAAUUCUGAAAGAGACGACGAAAAAGACAAAGAUCUGUGAAAUGAAAAUCCAAGAACCUCUCGUUAAGGUAAAAAUUGUGUGUCCAACGAAAUACUCAGAUGUAAGUGCAGAUGGUAGCAUGGGUUUCAUUCCCAAAAAAGCUCCAUACGUUACUUUGGUAAACGAAAAUGAAGGUUCUGCGAUUAAGAAAGAUUUGUUGAAGGAGAAAAAGCUAGCCGAGCUCAUUCACGGGGUUAUCAUAAAUCCAGAAAUUAACGAAGAGACAAACGUAACAAAAACGGGAGUUAUUGAAUUCAUCCUACCACCAGUAUUGAGAGAGAAAAAAAAAAUAUAUUACAUCUGCGACCAUGGAGAAUCAGAAGUUCUGGAUAACAGUGUGGCGAGAGGAGUUGCCUCUAUUUCCAUAGAACCCUAUGGUAAAUCCGUUAAAGGAUGUAACUACAGUUUAUGGAGAAAACGCCUCUUCACGUACAAUUAUGAAAAAGAUAACGACAUGAAGUACCCAUGUGUUUUUCAACUAAACGCUGGAGAAAUAGGAGGUAUCAUGUUUCCGGACGAAACGGAAUCUACAACCUGCUUCGAUCAACUGAUUCCUCACUCACCAAAUAAAACCUGGGACAAGAAAAAAAAAAGUCUGAAUGAAAUUAUAAACGGAGCAGUUAUUUACAAUAAUGAUUUCAAGGCCAGGUACUUUAAGGUGAAGUACUUUAGUAUUCCAAAGAGUUUUCGAGAGAAGAUAAACUUAUUCUGUAAUAUCCAUUUAAAAGGCGAUAAUAAAAAACACAUGGUUUACAUCAGCAUCAAUCAGGAAUUGAAUCUCUCAGUCUUCGACCUAUAUGAAACAUUUUCUAAUGUGAAGAAGGUAAUACAGGUUGCGGAGCAGACACAAGAGAAGAAAGAAUACACAUGCGACUUUACGGAGCAGUUAGACAAGAAGGAGGAUGACACCGACAAGAAGGUUAUCAUCUGCAGGAAGAAGCUAACUGAAUUUGAUACGUUCAUUAUGAAGUGCCCAAUUAAGAAGGGGAAAUAUGAAAACCUAGAAAUGGUUCCAAAGACUUUGAAGGAGGAAACGACUAAAAAGAAAAAUGCAUUGAAAAUACAACUAGAUGUACAGUAUGAGUUAUUUAAAAAGUACCUUCACUUUCAUGAUAAAGAUGGGAAGUACCUCCCUGGUUAUCCUUCCUUCUUCACUUUUCCUCUUAACCGAGUAGCUAAACUAGAAUUGAAAAAAAAUUCCAUCUUCAAGAAUCAUAAAGAUUCCUCCUACUUUGAUGAAGUUGCAUCUGCAUCUGAUGGGUUCGUAAAAUUACUCUCCUACUUAGAUGCACAAGACACCGUCACCUUAACAAAGCAAAUUUCUAAUCUAGCAAUUAGUGAGGAAGAAUCUACGGGGGAUAUUUUCAAUUUGAAAUUUCAAAUACCUCCUUAUAUCGAAACGAACGAACCUUUGUAUUUAAUCAUGGGAUGUAACAAUACCAAGGAUGGGGGUAAUUUAGGCAUCGUGGAGUUGGUCCUAUCUAAGAGCGAACACGUUGUUAAGGGAUGUAAUUUCUCAGAUGUAGAAAUGAAGCACUUCACGAACAACGUUGGAUCUACAGGGGAAAAAUGUAGUAUUUUAGCUUACCCAAAUGAUAUAGUCGGUUUUAACUGCUCGAAGACGCACCCCCAAGUGUCGGAUGAAGAGGAAGAUCCCGAGGAUACUGAUGCAGUCAUCGAGCCGGAGGGAUGCUUCACUCAAGUCUAUAGCAGCCUCGAAAAGAAAGAUAUCGUUAGCAUCCUCCCAGGAGUUUUACUCUACUCAAGUGGCAAGAAAAACUCCAUGGCAUUUAUCAAAAUACCUCCAGUUUUAGUUAAAUCUGAUAUAACCUUUUCCUGUAAGUGCAAGUUAGAAUCUGUGGAGAAUCAAAUCGAGGUGAAAGUUCUUCAGGAUAAAACCAGUGAACAGAAAAAUAUCAAACAGUUGAAGGAGGAUGCAAUCACAACCGUCAAGGAAAAGGUUCAAGAUGAAGAUGGAAAAAUAUACACAUGUCCAAAUAAGAACCUUAUUGAACCUAAACUGGAAAAGCUAGAUGAAAGUCAUGUGAAAAAUAUAUGUGAAGUAGAUGUGAAAGAGAUGCACAGCUACGUUGAAAUUUUUUGCCCCUCCAAAGAUUUCUCCAUUCACCAUAAUAUAAAAAUGUACUACACCACGGUUCAGCCAAACAAAGAUGAAAGUCACAAGGUUCUUAACCAAGAGGCUUUGAGUAAACUCAUUCCACAUGCAGAGAUGCUCCACAAGACAAGAAAAAUACUUCCUCUACAAAGCAGUACGAAUGACAAGGAAAAGGUCGAUAUCUCCCAUGUUUAUUUAUUUUUCCCAUACUAUGUUAAGGAGGAUCAGGAGUUUAAUAUAAUGUGUGAUAAUAGAAAUACGUUAUUUGAUGAGAAGAAGGGAGGGUUAUUAACUUACCAUAUUAAGGUUCCAAAGAGGAGUAAAAAAAUCAAGGGAUGUGAUUUCAAUUCCGAAAAAUCUGAGAUCUUCCUAACCCAACCUACAGAAAAUAACUGUUCGAUAGAUGCCAUGCCGAAGGAUAUAAUCGGGUUCGUAUGCCCCCCCAACACAGUAAAAAUAACGAAGUGCUUCAAAGAUGCUGUGGUGGAUAAUAACCUCAUCAAUAUCUUCGAUACGCUCGAGAUGACAGACAAUAUAGCUAACUACACACACAGCCACAAUUUUAAUUACAUCGAAAUACCAAGCGUCGUUAGCAAAGACCUGUCGUUCAAAUGUAUCUGUGUGCAUCUGAAGAAGGAUUAUCCGUUGACAUCUCCGCCAAGUACCAAGCUUCUGGAUGUCAUUUACGAAAAGCUCAACAUAAAAAAAGGAGAGAGCCACAGCAAAGUAGAUGCAAAAAAUAAAUUUCUAAUGAGUAGCCUGAACCCAUACUUGGCUCACAAUAAAAACAAACUUAUCAGCAUCUUCGAGAAGGUAGAUGCGAAGAACCCAUUUGAGGAAGAUGAAAACCCAGAAGAAAUAAUACUAAAUGUAGCAAACGCAGAAACGUAUGAUGAUGCCACGGGUUCUACUGCUUCUAUUUCACAAAUAAAAGACAACUACAUCCCGGGAGAUGACUACUCUAUUUACACCAGUGUAAAUGACAACCUCUUGGAAGAAACCAUAAUGAAAGAUAUAGCAUCUCUGAACCAAUCUGACUUCAAGCUGUAUACACUCAACGUAAAUUUGAAGGCACCUAAGUUGCUAAUGCCGAAGAAGGUUAAGGACAACGAAUAUCUUUGCGACUUUUCCAAGAAAAGCUUGAUCGUGCCGGAACCUUUAACUGAAGAUUCCCCACCUGACAUUCACUGCUACAAUGUGCUAAAACCACUCGAUACGUUAUAUGUUAAGUGCCCAACGGAGAAAACAGCUUACGAUAUUGCCAAGACGAAAACAGGAGAUGAUGACGAUGAGGAAGAGAAGGAAAUAAUUUCUAUCUUGAAGGAUGAUGUGUCAGAUGCUGAAGAUUCCAGUUCCUCCCCAUUGGAUGAUCCCUCUUUUGUUAAAUACUUCGAUAAAGUAAGUAUGAAGCCAGAUAAGUUUUUCCAGAAAAUUCUGAACGAAGAUGGAGACAAAGAAGAAGAUAUAGAUCUAGUCCUACCAGGUGCAUCCUACACAUCUAUGAAGGUGUUAAAAAAUAAGGAUCCCUUUACUUCCUAUGCUGCUGUUAUUGUGCCACCCACUGUAUCACGGAACACAUUUUUUAAGGUGCAGUGCAAUAACGAUCAAUACAAAGAAGGAAAUAAUAAUGCAGGAUACAAGGGGAUCGUUCAUUUAAGUAUAUCUAGGAGCGGUGAAAAAACUAUAGGGUGUGACUUCACCUCUGCAAUUAGCAGUAUCUUAACUAAAGGAGUUCUCCUUCCCAUUGGACAAGAAAAAGAGUGCGAAGUGGAGGUUACGAAUAGUGAUAUUUUCGGGAUUAAAUGUUCAAGCGAUUCUACUUUUGCUCCAACAAAAUGUUUUCACGAAGUUUUUGAUAAAAAUGGAGAGACUAAAAAAAUCAAGGAACUCAUCCCAGAUGUUAAGGUAUUCACUCUACCAAAGUCCAAGACUAAAGUCGCUUAUGGAAAAAUACCAUUGGAUUAUGUGAAUAAAAUAAAUUUCUCCUGUUCCUGUACGAAAGGGGAUAGUACCACCAAGGGCACCAUGAAGGUCGUGGUGAACAAGGAUGAAUCUGCACUGGAAAACAUGAAGCUCACAGAUGCAGUGAAACACGACAAAGUCAACUUUUGUAACUUCUUCGAUGAUGAAGCUCUCACCUUUAAGCAGAAUCCAAAUAAAAUCGUCCAAUGUAAGAUAGAUGCAGAGUUGUUCUCCGAGGUAGUCGUAAUGUUACCUCAAAUGGGAAGUACCAGCGACGAAGAAGACUACAAAAAAUUCUCUGUAACUCCAUCCCUAGCAGAAGGAGAAGAUAUCAAAGUUAUCACCGAUGAUAAAAAUCAAGUGUCCAUAACAACUGCUCUAAAGGGAGUGUAUGGAAAUAGAGUUUUCUCCUUCGAGAAAAACUCGAAAAAAGGAAUUGGGUUCAGCUUCUUCAUCCCUCCCACCUUUGAGAAUAAAAACUUUAAAUUAGUUAUUAACCAGUCGGAGGUCGUCAGCGAGAACAAACCGAGAGGAAUGAUUUUCAUCGUGGUCAGGAAGAAUAUGGAAGCUGAUUCUUUGAAGGCGUGUGAUUUUACAUCUACUGAAAAUUCUCUAGCUGACUUAGACCACACUAAUAACGAAAAGGUUUGCAAUGUAAAGAUAUCCAAAGGAGACGUAUUCGGAAUUACAUGUCCUAAGGGGUUCUACCUCUACCCAGAAGGUUGCUUCUCUAGCGUUACUCUGGAUUACUACAAGGGAGAGCUUCACAUGGAAGAAGAGGAAAGUGAAGGAAACGAUGAUGACAUAAACUUCGCCGAAAAAACAAAAACUAACAUGCGCAUAAAAGAUUUGUUACAUCUAAUCGGAGAUGAAGACACAAAAAUGGAUGACUUACAAAAGUUUUCAGAAUUCUCAAACAUCACUGAAAUGCUUAAUUUUGAGACAUUCCAUUUGGGUUCUAUGAAUCUAAAUUUUAAGGAAAACUACACAUCUGCCUAUGCUAAGGUGCCAAACAAUUUUAAAAGUGCCAUUAAAUUCUCGUGCAGUUGUUAUAAUCCUCAGAAGAAAGUGUUUGGAACGAUGGAUAUAGAAACCGACUAUGCCUCUUCUGGAAAGGAGCUCCAAAUAAAUGAAGAUGCAUUUGUUCGAAAUAAGCUUCUUCCGUUGAUGAGUAAAAUAAAUAUAGAUUCAGAUGAAGUAAAACCCAUUGAAGAGCUAGAUACAGUGGAAGAUUCAGAAGGAGGAGGUUCAGAGGGAUGCAAAGAAGAAGAUGGAUCAUGUGGAAACAUGCUCUCCCAAGGAAUAAGCUACACGUGUGAUUUCUCAGAAGAAUCGCUUUUCACUCUCAUCGAGGGAAAGAUGCAAAGGAAUAAAUGUACCGUUUAUGCCAGAGCAUUAGAUGUUGUAACUAUAAAAUGUCCUGCCAUAGAGAAUUACGUGCACAAGGAGAAGACAGUAACAGAACCCAUAGAAACGGAAAAGGUAAUCAUCACCAUAGAUGGCAAAAAAUAUGUGACAUACCAGGAAGAGAAAACGAAGAAGAAGACAUUUUCCUUAAAAGAAAUUUAUGAAAAGGAAUACUACGGUAUGACUAGCGAAGAAGCAACAAAUAUGAGAAAGUUAGAUGAAGGAUGGGAUAAGCAUCAAGUGUAUUAUCCAAAACGGGUUCUAGACCAUGUAAUCGUAGCGAAUAAGGUAACCAAACUGGAAGAUGCUCUACCAGGAAUCCUACAUCUACAAAGUAAGGUAAAAGAUGAAUUAAAAACAACGGAAUUGAUAAACGACGGUGUGGUCCGCUUCAUGAUCCCACCAUAUGUGAAGAAGGAUUUCCAGUUCCACUUCUUCUGUGGAAUGUCAUCUGAGAAAAAACCACAAGGAAAAAACACAUCGCUCGGAGUGAUACGUAUAAAUGUAUCCGCUUACAAGAAGGAACUUCAAGGGUGUGACUUCAUAAACCAUAAGGAUGAUACAAAUUUGGUUAUAUUCACAAAUAAACGAGAAAAAUCUAGCGAAUCCACUUGUACUAUAUCUCUCAUACCGAACACCGUGGUGGGUAUCAAUUGCCCAUCAGGAAAACUCCUUCCAGAGAACUGCUUCAAUGAAACGUACUUUGUAGAAGAAGCGAAAGCAGGAACAGUCGCCAACCAGAUGAGCAAUCUACCAAAGGAGAAAAUUACCGACAUCAUUAAGGGAGCUAUACCAGUAUCUAAUUUUUCGAAUAAAAAGAACACCUAUACAUAUCUUAUCCUUCCAAAGGAUAUGAAAAGCCUGGAGAAAUUAGAAAAGAGGUUCUACUGUACCUGUGAUGAGGGUAUCGUCAAAAUGAAGAUUCACGAAUUUUACAUAAAGAGAGAAAAAGACAACCGAAUUGACAAGGAAAGUUGUACCUAUGAUAGCGCGAAAAAUGUGACCACCUGUAAUGUGGUAGAAUUCAUGGAGAGUCUGGCACAGAAAGACAACAAGACGAAUCAUUACAUAGUUAACUUAGCCAGGUGGGAUAAACUUAUUUUAAAAUAUCCAACAAAUGAGAAGGAGGAUUAUGAUAAAAUUUUCAUAAAUCCAAUAAAUAUAAAAGACAAGGUACUCUUUAUGGAUAUCCCUACAUCUUUGGAGAAAAUUUUACCUGGAGCUAUCACCACAAAUAAAUAUGAUCCAAGGACCAAGACAAUUGAGCAUACAUUGAGAAUCCCUCCUUAUGUUUCGAAAGAAGUGAAUUUCUCUCUGGAAUUCAACAAUUCUCUAACAUCUAAAAUGGUUAAUUAUAAUUACUCAUACGGAGGAGUUGUAAAAAUAUUUUUCCACGUUCGAGAAGGGUACAGUGAAAUUAGUGGUUGUGAUUUUACUGGAAAGUAUAACCACCUGUUCAGCCAUAACUUCGAUCCUAAUUUGAAGGAAAGUAAAACGUGUUCUGUUACCUUUGGCAAUAAUAGCUAUGCGGGUUUCGCUUGUCCCAGAGAAUUUGAAGUCCUUCCUCACAAUUGCUUUACAUCUGUUUAUGAUAAUAAUGAUGAUCAAAAAAUUAAGAAGCUAGUGGAUUUAUCCGAAGAAGCAGAGACCGAUUUUGUCCAGUACAAUGCUCGCGGCGUCAGCCUAUCUUACGUAACCCUUAAGAACCAUACUAAAGGACACAGUAUCUCCUGCAAGUGCAUCUCCCAUCAGAUCACCCAUACUAUUAACGUUACCUUCGAACCCGACAUGGACAAUUCCUUCCCCAAGACGCGUAUCCGCAUAAGGUACAUGGACUUGAGGAAGGCCACGUUCAGUGCGCACCUGCGAGGAGGGUGA